UUUUUUAAUUGUUGUUAAAACAGAAUCAAGUUUUUAAAAAAAGAUAAUUUUUUUGUGUGUGUUUAUAUUUUUUAAAAAUAUACUAAAAAUUAAAAGUUUUCGAAAAAAAAUAUAGUGCGAUUUAAGUAGUACUUCUAAAAUAAAAGAAAUAGAAAAAAAAAAAAAAACAACAAACAAAAAGUGUGCGUGUAUUUUCAAACAAAACAACAAAGAAAAAACCUUUUUAAUAUAAAAGAAUUUCAUUGAUCAAUCGGCAGAUAUAAAUUAAAAUUACAAUAAACUAUAACGAAAAUUAAAACAAACUUUAAAAACAACAAGAAGAAGAGAACAACAAAACAAAAAAAAAAAAAAUAAUUUUGUUAACAAAUUUGUUUUUCGUAAAAGCGUAAUGAUUUCAGGAAACGCCAAUAAUUACUGUCUUAAUAAACUUUAUCUAGUCCAAAGACGAUACUCGUCAGUUGAACUGCUCUUGAAUCUUAUUCAAAAAGAAUAUAUCGAGCAAUUCAUUUUUGAAAAAGGCACCGGAGGGGGAGGAGCAGUUGGAUCAGCAGCGACAGCGGCAGCGGCAAACAAUAACCAUUACUAUCAUCAUCAUCAUAAUAAUCAGCUGAACAGUGUCCUAGCAAGCGAUGUGGCAAAAGCUGCAAUCGCUGGGUGAUGAAUGAGAAUCAUAAUUAAAUUUUUGUAAGAAUAAAUAAAAAGUUGCCAAAAGGAUAUAAAAAGAUAUAAAAUAUAAAAUAAAUAAAUAAAAAAUUAAGAGGAGAUCUAAAGUGCCGACAUAAAUUGGACCAAAAUUUUAUUUGAUUUUGAUGAACACGAUCGUAUCAAUAAUAAACAGAAGAGACAGAUAAGCAAUACAGAAGGAGAGAAAAGGGAAAAAAGUAAAGAAGCUCAUCGAACUGCCAAUAAUAUUUUAAUUUUUUUUUUUUGUAAAAAAAAAUCUUCGGCGCCACCGGCUUUGUUGCGUUUAAAUAGUUUUUUUUUUUUUUUUAAUUUAUUGUUUUUGGUACCAUGAAUUGUCUACACGUUAGAAAACCAACCAUUUAAUCAACCAAACGCAAACUAUUAAAUAUUAAUUAAAUUAAAAACAAAAAUCAGAAUUAUAAAGAAUACAAUAUAAUAUAAAAUGGUUGUUAAUUUAAUUGCUCGUAUAAUGGUUGAAGUUCAAGGAUCAAAAUAUGAUACUCUAAGCUGACAUCUAAUCGUUGGACUAAAUAAUAAUUAUCUUAACCUCAUUUACAUAUUUACAUAUAAAUAAUAAUAAAUUGAUAAAUUAUUAAUAAAUUACAAAAACAAAAAAAGAAAGAUAAAAUAUCAAAUUUGAUACGGCAUUUCAUACAUUUAAUUAAUAAUAAAUUACCUAUAAUAAUUAUUAUUAUAUCUAUCACUUGUAUCUGCGUUCUGUUUUGCAUUUGUGGAAUAAAAACUUAUCCUGUUGUGGAUCUUAACAAAAUUAAAUUAAAAUAUAUAUUUUCUAAUGCAUUUUCCUACUUGACAACAACAAGAUUGUGUGCGUCAUUUUUGACAGUGUGAUACUUAACAUAACGCACUUUGUAUAUUUUGAAAAAUAUCUUUAAACUAAUUUACUGACGAACAAAAAAAAAAAAAACUUGAUACACUUUACUUUCAACGUCGUUUCAUCCAACCCGUGUUGUUUCAUCGUUCAUUCAUCACCAUGAAUCGAACGGAUGAUGAAGAGGCUUCUGGAUAUGAUGCUCCCCCGCCAACAACAAAAUUACAAACUCCAUCGAAAAAUAAUAUAAAUAAUUUGCAAAAUCAUCAGCAAUGGUGGCCGCCAUCAAGGAAUAACAAAAAUCCUGUUUCUAAUAAUCUUAAUCGUCAGUAUGAUCAACAUCCACAACAACAACAACAAGAUACAAAUGCAAUUCGAAAAGAUUUUUAUAAUUCAUUAAAUACAAUUGUACAUGCAAAUCAACAACAACUUCAAUAUGAUGAUAAUAAUGAAAAAAAUAACUACAACACAACAUCACAGAAGUUUGAUUCGUUUGAUGAUGAAACAAUAUUGGAAGAAAUUAUUGAUCGGACAUCGCAGGAUUCGCAAUUGUUGGGAAAUGAAUCAAAUCCUUGCGAGGGUCUUCUCAACCCAAACGAAGAGGAUGCAAUGAAAAUCACCGGUUAUCGACGCUCAAAAAGUCGAACAUAUCUUUGUUGGUUUUGCAUAUGUCUGACAGCUGGACUGCUGCGUUUGGUAUUGCAUUGGUGGCGUCAUUGGUUUCUAUUAGCAACGCAUUCACAGUGUUCAUUGGCUGUAGCUGAAAGAGUUUUAAUCCAGGAGGAUUAUCAAGGCAAACAUAAAGUUUAUUAUAUCAAAGAUGUAGUAACACUUUCCUUGGAUUCUAUUAAAAACAUGCAAAAGGGAUCAAAAUUGGUUAGCAGCCAUCUUUUAAUGGACAACGAAAUAGACGAAAAAAACUUUCACUUAUCGGUUCAUUUUUCAUCAGGUGUAUUCAAACAUACUGAUAGUGUUCGUGUGAUUUUAUGCAAGCAAUUGCGUUAUGUUUGGGAUGCCCAAAGCCAAACAUUCAUCAAACUUACAGGUCUGGAUGUUGAUAUUCCAAGCACAUACUUACAUCAUGUCCGUGGCUUAACUGCUCAUGAACAAUUUGCUAGACGCAUAGUUUAUGGUUUGAAUGAAAUUACAGUACCAUAUAAAGGAGUUGUAACAUUGCUAUUUCUGGAGGUCCUUAAUCCGUUUUAUGUAUUUCAAAUCUUCUCUGUGAUCCUUUGGUUCUCCUAUAAUUACUAUUAUUAUGCUGUUGUGAUAAUAUUUAUGUCAGCAUUUGGAAUAACUAUGUCAAUCAUUCAAACUAAAAAGAAUCAAGAUGCACUUUAUAGCACAGUUCAAAAUUCUGAUUGUGCUCAAGUAUUAACCGAAAAUGGAGAUGUCAAAGAUAUAAAAACCAAAUAUCUAGUACCAGGUGAUAUUAUUGAAAUACCAUCAACGGGUUGUACUUUGCAAUGCGAUGCUGUAUUACUCUCAGGAAAUUGUAUUCUCGAUGAAUCAAUGCUAACAGGUGAAAGUGUUCCUGUUACAAAAACUCCGCUACCAAUUAAACGUGAUUUGAUAUUUGAAAAGAAAGAACAUAGCCGGCAUACACUAUUUUGUGGCACAAAAGUUAUCCAAACCCGAUAUAUUGGCUCGGAAAAAGUGUUGGCAAUUGUUAUCAAUACGGGUAAUAUCACUGCCAAAGGCGGAUUGAUUCGAUCGAUUCUCUAUCCUCCACCGGUUGAUUAUAAAUUCGAACAGGAUUCAUAUAAAUUUAUUGCAAUACUUGGUCUGAUAGCAUUUGUUGGAUUUUUCUAUACACUUAUUACCAAGAUUCUUCGAGGUGUGGAUGCUGUUAAAAUCGCUGUGGAAUCAUUGGAUUUGAUAACAAUUGUUGUGCCUCCAGCGCUUCCAGCUGCCAUGACUGUUGGUCGCUUUUACGCCCAGCAGCGUCUUGAGAAAAAGAAUAUAUUUUGUAUAUCCCCACGAUCGAUAAAUGUCUCUGGGAGUAUCGAUUGUGUUUGUUUUGAUAAAACUGGAACUCUGACUGAAGAUGGUCUGGAUAUGUGGGGAGUGGUACCAAAAUCACAAACCAACUAUUUUCAAAUUGCUCUCAAACAAAUUGAUCGAUUACCUGUUGACCAUUUUCUAUUUGGUAUGGUAACUUGUCAUUCGAUUACUAUAAUGAAUGGUGAGAAAAAGGGUGAUCCCUUGGAUCUUAAGAUGUUUGAAUCAACUGGAUGGAUUUUGGAGGAUGCCAAUGUACCUGAUGGCAAUAAAUAUGACUUGCUAUUUCCCACUAUUGUGCGGCAGCCUAAAUCAAAUCGAGUUAGCACGGAUAGCAUUGAAGAAGAGAUCGAAGAUUUUCACAGAGGAUCCGUGGACGACCUUCUAGCUGAUGUAGGUGGAUCAAAUGACAUCGGUAUUGUGCGAGAGUUCCCAUUUACAUCAGCCUUGCAACGAAUGUCUGUGAUCACACGUCGCCUAACCGAUAAUCAUUUCAAUGUUUAUUGCAAAGGCUCCCCAGAAAUGAUUCACACCUUGUCCGAUCCUUCAACCAUUCCGGACAACUAUUUCGCCCAAUUGGAUGUGUAUGCUCAGCAAGGUUUUCGUAUAAUAGCUUUAGCUUACAAGCCAUUGGAAAAGAAAAUGACAUAUCCAAAGGUGCAACGAGUCGGUCGUGAUAAGAUUGAAUGUGAUUUGGAAUUUUUGGGUUUUGUGAUAUUGGAGAAUCGUUUGAAGCCCGACACAACUGAAGUCAUUAAAUGUCUGACAUUGGCGAAUAUUCGAACGAUCAUGGUAACAGGGGAUAAUAUUUUAACAGCCUUAAGUGUGGCCAAAGAUUGUGGCAUUGUGGGAAAGAAACAAAGUGUAAUAACAGUCAAUACGAGAAUAAGUGCAGAUAAUCCUAAUAAACACGAGCUCUAUUAUAAUUUGAUUGGUGCUGUUACACCCAACGAGCCAGCACAAAAUGGCAAUGGUGAUAUUUGUUCACUCAACACUCACAGCAGUAGUAUUGGCAGUUUAGAAACUUGUGACACAUGGACACAUAGAGAUGUUGAAUUGGGAUUGACAGAUCUAACACCAACUGCUGAAACCAAUGGAAAAUCGAUAUUUGACGAGAAGAAAAUGUUUCCCGAUUUGCCAAGUAAUAAUUAUCGUUUUGCCAUGGUUGGCAAAACAUGGUCCAUAGUUCGUGAGCAUUUUCCCGAGUAUGUGCAACAGUUUGUGACACGAGGAGCGAUUUUUGCUCGCAUGUCACCGGAUCAGAAGCAAUCACUUAUUAUGGAAUUACAAGAAGUCAAUUAUUAUGUGGCCAUGUGCGGUGAUGGGGCAAAUGACUGUGGAGCCCUCAAAGUUGCUCAUACUGGCAUAUCGCUGUCUGAGGCAGAAUCGUCGAUUGCAUCGCCUUUUACAUCACGCAAUCCGACAAUUGCUUGCGUACCAAAUGUCAUACGAGAAGGUCGAGCUGCUUUGGUAACGUCAUUUGGAAUUUUUAAAUACAUGGCCGCCUACUCACUAGUUCAAUUCAUAUCUGUAUUGAUUCUUUAUUCGAUUGAUUCAAAUCUUACGGACAAACAAUUUUUAUAUAUUGAUCUUGGCCUUAUAUCAAUUUUCGCCUUCUUCUUUGGUAAAACCCAGGCUUAUGAUGGGCCACUUGUUAAACAGCCACCACUCAAUUCUCUUAUAUCAAUUACACCCAUGGCUUCCAUUAUUCUCCAUUUACUUGUGGUGAUUGCCUUUCAAGUAGCCGGUUGGUUCUAUUUACUCAAUCAGAGCUGGUUUUUCCCCUUCCAACCCGAUCCCGAUCCGGAAGGCAAUCAUUUGGGAUGUCUGGAAAAUUAUACAAUGUUUGUCAUAUCGUGCUUCCAAUAUAUUAUCUUGGCAUUUGUAUUCUCCAAAGGCGCACCCUAUCGCAAGUCAAUCAUAUCCAAUAUACCAUUUUGCUUAAGUCUACUCGUUAAUUUGUCAUUUGUUAUCUAUAUGACUCUCUAUCCGGCACAAUGGUUAAUUGACAGCUUUGAGCUUGUAAUGCCGCCUGAUCAAAAUUUCCGUUACUUAUUGAUUAUCUAUGGUGCUGUCAACUUUAUCAUCAGUUUAAUUCUCGAAGCUGUGGUUGUUGAGUAUUUGUUAUUCAAAAAAAUACGUCAUCAUUUCCAUAAUAUCGAAAAAUCUCAUCGUAAAUAUUUGGCUAUCGAAAAUGAAUUACGAAGAAAUACAAAAUGGCCGCCGCUCUCUGAUUUUUCAAAUGUCAUUUCCAAUGAAUAUGACAAACCAUCACCAACUUCAUACGCCGAAAUUAGUGCUGAACAUCAAAUUGACAUGAAAGCACCAGAAAAUAGUGUACUUAAUAGCUUCUUUGAUGUGGUUAAAGUUGGUCCCAAUCAACAUGACAAACAACAAGAUGCUGAUGAAAAUAUGAGUUUGUCUGAUAUUUAUUCGGAAUCAUGUUACGAAUCGGCAAUUAAUGAAGAAACUAUUUUCGAUGGAUUCUCUUCGGAAAACGAUAAUAGUUUGGCUUGUAGCCAACAAAGUAUAAUGGAUACAAAUUCUUCGUCAAAUAAUAUACGCUUUGCAAACAAUAUUCAUUCCUUAGCAGCAUUACCAUCUUCUUCGCAAAGUUCAUCGCCUUCACCUAGAUUACCCCUGUCUUUGCCAAUUUCGUCACCUACUCCACCACCUCCCCAAUCACAACCACAACUGCCGCUUGUCACAAAUGAUUCCUUGCAAACUCUCCAACUUCUCAAUCAUAAUAAAUUAAUAAAUUUUUCGCCGGUGGUGCCGCCAGUAUCGUCGAAUAAAAUUGACUUUGACUAUAAUCAGCAGAAUUCCGACUCGUCAUCGCCUUUUACUACUAAUAUAAAUAUCAAUACAAAUACAAAUAAUCCAGCAGCAUCAAUUCAGCCAAUUCAGCCAACUCAGCCUGAGUUAAAUUUAGCAAGUAUUCAAUUUAAAAAAUCAUUUCGAGUGGAAAGCUGAAAUCUGCUGCCACGCAAAUUUGCGCAUUUCCUACGUUGUAUUAUUUAUUUGUUAUAAUUUAUGUAUGUAAUUUUUAGUAUAUAUAUGUAUAUGUAUAGCAUAUCUUAUUUUUUUUUCUUCUUCUAUAAAACAAAACUAAAAAAAAAAAAAUAGACAAUAGGAAAAAAUAAUUCGAGUUUAUUAUUACGCAUGGUUAAAAUUAUAAAUAUUACAAUAUUUUUAUUGUUGAGUUAAUUAAAAAAACAAAAAUAAAAUUCCUAAGAAACUAGUUACUUUAUUGUAGAAAACACAUGAUUUGUAAAAGAGUGUUAGUCUCUAACUAACAAUGGAAACUAUAAUGGAAAAUAAAAAUACGAUUGUACUUAAAAAUAAAUUUAUUAUUUAAUACGCGCAAUAGUAUUUUUUUUAGUUUAAAUAUUUAAUAAAAUCCAUUUUUUGUUUUUUUAAUAAAAUUAAAUUAAAAUUAAACAAAACAAAAAAAUUGUUUCAGAAUCGUAAAUAAACGCACAAACAAAUAUUUUCUUUGAAUAAUUGUUCCUUUUCUUUAUUAAUUUUUGAUUGAUUCUUUUCAAAAAAAAAAACUUGAACAAUAGUAUCAACCAGUGCCUCAAGUUGCUACGACUGUAUAUACAUAAAUCGAUUACAAUGCAAUAAUAUAAAAUUAAAAAAAAAAAAAAACAUUUUUUGCAAAAAUAUUUAUAUGCAUACAUUUUACGUUGUAGAAGAGAAAAUAAAAAAGAAUUGCAUGCUUUAAGGAUAGAUACCAAAAUAAUAAUAAUAAAAAACAAAAAAAUCAUAUCCCAUUCUUUUAUUAUAUAAAAAUAUAUUUAUAUCGAAAAGAAAGAAAGGAAAAGGAAAAAAAUUAAACGAAUAACAGUUGAUUACAGAAGCAGUUUACCAUAAAUUUUCGUUUAAUUUUAAAGUUAUUACAAAAAAAAAAAGAAAUAAAACAAAAUACAAAACUUAUCGAAAUACCAGAAAACUCCUAUUGUAAAAUCUUAUUUGUAUUAUAUACGUAUAUAUAUUAUAAAAAUUUUUUCAAUUAUAAUUAUAACAGAAAACGAAAACGAAAACAUAUAUAUUUCAAUUUUUAUAUAUAAAUGUUUACUUAAUUUUCUUGUUAUUUUUAUUUCAUUUUUUUUUUGUACUUUUAUUGAAUGACCCUUUUGAUCCUAUGAUGUUUUUUUUUUAUUACAUUUUUGUGUAUACAAUUUUUUAUAUAUCUAUAAAUAUUAUCUAUGAAUUUUAUUUGUUUCAUUAUAUUUAAAAACCAAUAGCAGAUAAUUUGUUUAGAAAAAGAAAGAAAACGUAAAUGAAAUAUUAUUGAUUAAAAAAAAAUUAAAACAAAAAAAAUCUAUGAUAAAUAAAACUGAAUUAUUUAUUGUGAAAAGCAAAAAUAGUUCAGAGUGUACUGAAGGAAAAAAAUAUUAGUCAAGUUCUAACAAAAUUUAAGAUAAAUAAACAAAACAAAAAAUGAGCAAAACAAUUUACCAUAUAUCACCAAGAUACAAGAAUUUAUGUUUAUUCUAUCGAAAUAAAAACAAAACACACAAAAUCUUUCUA